AUGGUUGCCCCCCUCGUGCCACGGAGGCUGGCCUCCACGGUGGCACGCGCCGUCGCCCUGACGUGCUUGCAGAGGACGUUCGGCGCUACUCUCGGUGGGCCUCGAGGUGACCGUGCGAUUCGGACGGGCGGGCCGCGCGACGCCGUGCUCACAGAUUCUGAUGCGGUCUCGGCGCCGGCGGCGGGUCCUGUGGAGGACGGCUCCGCCUGGACGCUGAUGCUCAGCACGGACAUGUCCAGCACGACGCUCGGGGACUUCUCCAGUGGCGCGCUGGUGGGAGCGCUGGCCAGCUCCGCCUCGUCGGACUACCGGAUCGGGAAGUCAGGCGCGCAGCUGGAGAAGGAGGGCAUGCAGGGCAUUCGCGUGACCACCACAUCUGGACAUUCUUUCGAAUACAAAGGUACCUUCACGGCAAGUGGCUUCGACAACACGUGCACAAAAUGCAAUUGCAACGGCAACAGCAUCGGGAGCGGUUUCUACUGGCAUGGCGGACGUGGCGGCUGCUAUGGCUCGACGCACUUCGGGCUCAAGAAGCAGGCCGACGUGCACUUUAAAUGCGAUGGGCGCGGGGGAUCGGACGACUCGUGGGGCCAUUUCCACCGCAGCGGCGUGAACAAAGGCGCCUACGCCUUCGGGGGCACCUGCAUCAACGAGAACGAGUGGCAGGAGCGGUACUUCUUCUGGGGGCUCGGCUUGGCACCUGCGCCCCCCCCAACGCAAGCCGCGCCCACUGCCAGCUUCACCUGGACGCUGAUGCUCAGCACGGACAUGUCCAGCACGACGCUCGGGGACUUCUCCAGUGGCGCGCUGGUGGGAGCGCUGGCCAGCUCCGCCUCGUCGGACUACCGGAUCGGGAAGUCAGGCGCGCAGCUGGAGAAGGAGGGCAUGCAGGGCAUUCGCGUGACCACCACAUCUGGACAUUCUUUCGAGUACAAAGGUACCUUCACGGCAAGUGGCUUCGACAACACGUGCACAAAAUGCAAUUGCAACGGCAACAGCAUCGGGAGCGGUUUCUACUGGCAUGGCGGACGUGGCGGCUGCUAUGGCUCGACGCACUUCGGGCUCAAGAAGCAGGCCGACGUGCACUUUAAAUGCGAUGGGCGCGGGGGAUCGGACGACUCGUGGGGCCACUUCCACCGCAACGGCGUGAACAAAGGCGCCUACGCCUUCGGGGGCACCUGCAUCAACGAGAACGAGUGGCAGGAGCGGUACUUCUUCUGGGGGUUCGUGCCGGCUCCCGCUACGACGACUACCACGACCACGACCACGACAUCUACCACGACUACAACUACGACCACCACGUCCACCACGACCACAUCAACCACGACCACAACGCCAGCACCCACCCCAGCACCCACUCCAAAGCCUACGCCCAAACCCACUCCCGAGCCUACGCCAAAGCCUACUCCAAAGCCUACGCCAAAACCCACUCCAGAGCCUACGCCAAAGCCUACUCCAACACCUACCCCGGAACCGACAGCAAGGCCUACGCCAAAGCCUACUCUAAAACCUUCCCCAGAGCCUACGCUGGAACUCACUCCAGAGGCUACAACCACCACUUCAGUGACUACGACCACUACGACGACCACCACUACCACAUCAACCACGACAACAACGCAAGCACCCACCCCAGAACCCACUCCAGAGCCCACAACCGAACCCACUCCAAAGCCGACGCCAGAGACAACGACCACAACCACAGAGACCACGACGACUACCACGACCACGGCGACCACGACGACCACGACCACGACCACGACCACGACCACGACCACGUCCACGUCCACAACCACGACCACUACUGCAGCAAACAGCUCGGCGGCCUCUCCGACAGUGGGAGGCGUGGCGGACCGCUCGGCGAAUAGCGCCGUGGCCGAGGGCAGCUCGGAGAACAGCGCCACGGCCGCGAACAGCUCGGCGAACAGCACGACUGGCGCGGCCAAUGGCAGCUCGGAGCACAGCGCCGUGGCCGCCAACAGCUCGGCGACCGGCGCGACCGGCGCGGCCGAGGACAGCUCGGAGGGCAACACCACGGCCGCAAGCAGCUCGGCAAACAGCACCACUGCCACGAGCAGCUCGUCGGAGCCAGUGCCAACACCCUCGCCGAAGCCGCAGGAGGGCGCGGCGAACAACACAACCACCGCGGUCGAGGACGUCUGGAAGAACAGCGCCACGGUCGAGGACAGCUCAGAGAACGGCACGGCGGCGGCGGUGGUCGAAAUCAAGACCUUGACGACCGCAGGCGCGGAGGUGGGGGAGACCCAGAUCGGGGUUGCCGACGCCACGGGCUUUGCCUCGGCAGAUGAGAUCACCAUUACCAGCCCGUCAGGCACUCUGCAGGAGACGAAGGUGAUCAGCUCCGUCCGCGUCGGAGGUGCCUCCCUCGUGGUGCAAGCCACCGGCGGCAUCGAGCUGGCAAGCGCUAACGCAACCACGGUGGUGCUCUCGUCGCCCUUGCAGAAUGCAUUCCCGAGCAGCUCGGUCAUCGUCAAGAUCGGUCGCCAAGGCUUGCCACCGAUCCAGACGACGGCGACCACAACGACGACCACGACCACGACCACGACCACGAGCACGAUCACAACCACGACCACGGCCGCGGUCGAGGAGAGCUCGGCGCCCCCCCCAGCUGUUGGAGGCGUGGCGGACAGCUCGGUGAACAGCACCACGGCCGCGACCAGCUCGAACCUCACCACGGCCGUGAACAGCUCGGUGGCCCCCCUGGCGCCAGGCCCGCCGAAUGCGUCGGAGCCAGCGCCCCCAUCUCAGCCAGGGCCAGGGCCAACACCCUCACCGACGCCGCCGGAGGGCUCGGGUCUAACGAACGCGUCAGGCACCCCGCCAGCGCCCACGAGCGAGCCACCUCAGCCAGGGCCAGGGCCAACACCCUCACCGACGCCGCCGGAGGGCUCGGGCCUAACGAACGCGUCAGGCACCCCGCCAGCGCCCACGAGCGAGCCGAGCGACGACGCCUGGGCGGCCCCCGACCCGUCCGAGCCAGCGUCAUGGCAGGCCGCCAGGCCCAGGAGGCCACAAGGCAGUCCUGCUCCGGCGCCGCGAAGCCCGUCAGGCCCGCCAGGCCCGCCAGGUCCGCCGGGCCCGCAAGGCCCACCUGGCCCGCCAGGCACGCCAGGCCAGCCACCGACGCCGAUAGGUUCCUCGAGUGUAACAGGUGACGGCGUCCGCGUCGACCCGGAUGCCCCCCCGCUGCCACCCCCGACGAAGCCAGGGCCGCCGAACGUGACUGGGGAGGCCACCCCGACGCCGCCGGCGACAGGUGACGGCGUCCGCGUCGACUCAGAUGCCCCCCCGCUGCCACCCCCGACGAAGCCAGGGCCGCCGCCCGUGACUGGAGAGGCCACCCCGACGCCGCCGGCGACAGGUGACGGCGUCCGCGUCGACUCGGAUGCCCCUCCGCUGCCACCCCCGACGAAGCCAGGGCCGCCGAACGUGACUGGAGAGGCCACCCCGACGCCGCCGGCGACAGGUGACGGCGUCCGCGUCGACUCAGAUGCCCCCCCGCUGCCACCCCCGACGAAGCCAGGGCCGCCGAACGUGACUGGAGAGGCCACCCCGACGCCGCCAGCGACAGGUGACGGCGUCCGCGUCGACUCGGAUGCCCCCCCGCUGCCACCCCCGACGAAGCCAGGGCCGCCGCCCGUGACUGGAGAGGCCACCCCGACGCCGCCGGCGACAGGUGACGGCGUCCGCGUCGACUCAGAUGCCCCCCCGCUGCCACCCCCCACGAAGCCAGGGCCGCCGCCCGUGACUGGAGAGGCCACCCCGACGCCGCCAGGCCCAUCGGGUGCGACAGGUGACGGCGACGGCGCGGACUGGAAUGUCCCCUCUCCGCCACCCCGCCGAACGCCGGAUGGCGGCGAGCUGUCUCCCGUGUCGGCGCACGAGCCGAGUCCUGCGCCGGUGGUGCGCAGGGAAGCGUCGGGCAGCAGCGUUGUGGGCUCGGGCGGCCCCGAGCCGGCGGGGGACAGCCAGGAGGGUACGGGCGGCGGCCAGCAGCCGACAGGCUCGAGUACCGCGCUGAGGGCAACCCUCUCGACGCUGGGCGUGGUUGGGCUGCUCGCGGCUGCUGCCGGCGUGGGGUGGUACCUCCGAGCCGACACUGCCCCCCGCCCGGGCGGGGGGCAGGGCGACGCGGCCCCGCUGGCCCCAGCAGGAGGCGAGGACUCCGAGGCCGGCGCAGCGCCCGCAGAGCCCGCGGGGAACCUCUAG